CUCCAAUAGCAACCUGCUUCGGAUCCAGCAUCUGCUUUCUUCCUAUUUCCUAAAUCUAACAAAAACAACUUCUUCUUCAUCCUCCUACUCCUAAAUAACAACCCUGCUUCAUACCUUCCUUUUGGCCUUGCAGAGAAGUGGUAUCACUGCCUGAAAGGAUAAGAGUGUGUCUAGUUUUACAGUGUAUAGCCUAGUGCUUGAGUAGAGAGGUUUCUUUCUGCCUUUUGUACAAGAGCAGUUAAUGUAGUUGUACUGGUGCGUUCGUUUAGGCCUUGCUUGAUGGGAUGCAGGUGAUGGUGAAGUGUUCCUUGCUUUAGAAGAGUCCUAUAUAUUUUAGCUGACAAGAGCAGUUAAGUUAAGUAAAGUUAUGGUAGUGGCAGGUAAGGAUCCUUCGUUUCUGGUUUAAGCCCGGAUAAGAAAACAAGGAAGUUGGUUGAAGACUCCCUCUCUCUCAUUCUUCCGGAAUGGAAAUGCCAUUCUCGAUAGCAAGGUAGGAGACAUAGCAGCCAUAAUCACUUUCAUCAGAAAAGAGGUUUGUUUUCUUGCUUGUCGCUACAGAUCGUUUUUCCGGGCUUCAUCAGGAAGAGCACUUGCCAUUCUAAGGUUCAAUGAAGCGGGUCGAAAUAUGGCUUGCUUACUUCUACUUCCUUCCGUUCGUGUAAGCACUCAUGCUUCCACUUCACUCUCCUCUCGAAAGCCAGGCCAGGUUCUAAGUCCGGUAGGUCACUAGCAGUUCGAGAAGAAGGGUUUUGUUUGAUUCACGAGUUCACUCAACAACCGGAUUUGCCCUCGAUACCCAAGAAGAAAAAGUGGAUUUCCCUUAGGGCCACAACUAAUUAGGCAACCCUAUUUUCCCUCAGGAGAUCAGGAGAGUCGAUGGUUGAUUCGAAAAGUCCCUCUCGCCUAGUGGCUAAACUAAAGAAUCCGAUGGCACGCUUGGGAUCUAACCAGCACCAGAGAUCUCUGUUUCAAUACGCCGAUCCGAUCCUUGAAAUACGCCGAUCUACCAAACAGCUUGCUUGCUUUUAGUUGACGGGCAAACCUGAGCACUAACUAGUCCUGUUCCACUUCUGAAUCUACGUCAAAUUUCCGGAAAGCUAAUCGAUUUUAAAAAAGUGCAUCUAAAGCACCCUUUACUAAAAUCAAUGUAGUUGCAUGCAAACCUUCUGCAAUAGCAUGAUGAACCAAGAAAUCUCCGGGUUAGCAUAUAUCAAUGAUGUUUUCCAAGGGCUCAAAACGCUAGGUUCGUUCUCUCGCUCCGGUAGACUGCUUCUUCUCUCAAUUGCCAAGAAUGGUGCUGGUAGAUAGCAUGGUUUUGGUAGAAACGAUAUCUCGUACCUGCUUUGCUAUAAGUGCCUUCCCUCCCUUUUGAUUAGGGAAAUGGGAUUCAAGAUUUCGAAUAGUUCGAUGCAGAUGGGCCAGUUCUUGUCCGAAGAAGGAUGUUUGCUUUGAGGUUUCCCCUAGUUGGGGAGACCGAGAAGGCCCUAACGACAUUGCAUCUCCUGUUCUCCUGUGUUAAGAAGAAAACUUGUCCGAAAAAGCGAGAUGAUAGGAAUAGAGAUUGGAAUGAAAGUUGGACUAGUAGAUCCUUGUUCUUGUUCAAUGAAUACUUCUUUCCCAGGUGCUGUCAGAAAAAGCAAACUGGUUGGAUCCCAGUACUUAGAAACCAUUUCUCCGAAGCAGGUGCCAAACCUUCUCUUCUUCCCUUAGAAAUUGGUCCAGAAUAGGCAUUCUUCGCUUAGGGCAGGUAGGUUCUCGGGAAAACGAACUAGACCGGUAAACUAUUGCAUCUUGGCCCGAGAAAAGAAAAGAUGGAUUGGAGUGAUUGAACUAGAACCCGGGUGAGCCCUCCUAUUGAUCAGAUCUCGGUAGUGAAAUGAUAGGAAAUAUGCCAAGAAUAAUUCCAUUUCAUCUCUUGUGUGAUCAAACGGGUUGCCCAAUGUACCAAAUGCUUUCUAUAAAGUGUGGAAAUAGUCAAUGUAGGAUGGGACUCUGACCUAAAACAUAUGUGCUGGGUGUAUCUUCCCGCCGACCAAAAACUUAUGCCCAGUGCCAGACCUGAAAAUAAAGGAAAUAUAGGAAUGUGGAAAUAGGAAUGUAAGAAAAGCCAUCAAGCUAGGAACACAGAAAGCUACCACUUCUUGUAAACAAACCUAUGCUAUGAAACAAUCAAAGUAGAUCGGAUCGUAUGAGGGAUGCCUACAGGGCAAGGAUAUCAUGAUUUGAACAAGCAGGGGAAAGUCAAGAAGCAAGGUCACUAAUCUAGAUCCGGCCUGGCCGAAGGAUAAGAAAUGGAUGGCUAUCGCUUUCCUUCUUAGGUGAGGGAUUCGAGAUGUAUGCGCCCGCAUAAAGAUCUGAGAAGCUAUGAAUCUGUCGUAUAUACUAUAAUAGACGAACAAACACAUAAAGAGAAACCGGAGACUAAUGACCUAGAUCAUCAAACCUUUCUGUCCACACUCGAUCCUUAGCAAUAAGCCUACAGCUAAGAAGAUGGAAUGGUACCAAGCUCACUUAUACGCACUCCUAAAUGAAACAAACUAGACUAUCACACUAAGUUACACCUGCCCUGAGCCAUAAAUCAAUAGAAGAGUUCGGUAUUAUUUCCAUCUUUUCCAUUAGUUUCUAUGAAAUCCUGAUAUUCGUUUUUCUAUUCCACUGCGCAUAGCCCGGUUCUUUCCGCUAGCACUGGCAAUAGACCCUUAACCGGCACUGGCACUGAGUGCAUUACUUACUGAAUUACUUACUUUACUGCACUGCAUUUCCAGCUGGCCUUCCCGAGUACGAGUAUGGGUUCGUUGGAUCAUUCUAUUCUAUGUCAAUUGGAAGUUGCAUUUCAGACUCUGGAAGCCCCGUUCCUUCUCCUUUUAAGGUAAGGUAAGGUCGGCAUAAAUCCAUCAGUGGUAGGAAUCAACGAUCCAUUUCGUAAGAGAAGAAUUGGGGAAAGCACGCAGUUGGCAGUUGACAUCUUCAAUACAGAACUCUUUCUUCGCUUUCUUUUCAGGAAACUCGAAAUCUCGAACUAGAAAUCUCGUAAGAGAGGAUCAAGCUCUAGUCUCACAAUUGAGAAGUACGGCACCUUUUUGCCCAAUAAGCUAGUCUACCUUUACUGCGGCACCUCGAAGGAAUGAAUAGCCCGGCCCCUUCUCUCAGGAAUCCGUUGAUAAGGCAGUGUAGGAGUGCAAAUCCUUCUAGAGACUUUCCAGUCCAGAUUCGACGCGACGCUUAGCUUAUUAUUCUUCUGAAGAUGCAAUUCUGGAUCUCUGUACAAGCUUUCAAGAUUGGCUGGGCGUGAAGCAUCUCUAUUUCUUGUGAUUUCCUUGUCAGUUUCUCUAGCAGCCCUACCUCAAAUCCUCUUCUGUGGAAAACUAGUUCGUUCAUCUGAUGGCACCCAAUGAGUAACUACUAAUGUUAUGAAUAAAAGGCCAGUCGCAGAUUGAUCCGAUACGCCAGACCUGCUUCCGUUGUUUGACUUCCUGACUUCCUAUAGUGUAGCUUUCCCUGAGCGAGAAUACGACCCAGAAGUACCCGCCACUCUAUCUCUGAAGUGAGUUCUGUCGACACCUCACAAAGAAAGAAAAGGAGGGCUAGGCCCGAAUAGGUCUUUGAAUCCUGGCCAGAAUUGAGGGGAGCUUCGCUCUCCAUUGAGUAAGGAAAUCCAGCCUCGGGAAUGAAAGUAAUUAACUGAAAUAUCCAAUAACAUAUAAAAUAGAAAUGUUAAAGCAUAACGAAAGAGUAAGACCUCGGUCGUGCAAAUCAUGCCGAGGAGGCUUCCUUUCAACAAAAUGCAAGGAUUCUCCGGGGGAUAGCCGCUAUUAAAGAAAGCCCUGGGCUGUGGACUCAGUAUGGAAUGGAGAUAAUGUGGUAUGCUUUCCACUGUUGGCAGUUCUAGAUAAGAAAAGGUUGAGUUCGGCUGGCUCGGCUCGCUAGGAGGAUGAAGCUUCUACUCUUUGAGUGAAGUAAGUUGGAAUCUUUCAUCGUUCUUUUCCUUCUAAUGUCGGACUGAUGAAAGUCGUUUUUAUGAAGAAGCGUUGAAAUAAGAAAAAAAUGGUGGUCAAAUAGAAAAAAGAAAAAAAGAUUGAGGGCUUUUGCUGCCUAUAGGGCAGGUACUCAUUGUUUUACUUCGCUCUUCUUUUCUCGCCAAAAAGUAGAGCAAGGAAAGAAAAUGAACACGCAAGGAAAGAGGUUGGUUAUUCGAUCACUGUUCUCGGAGUCGUACACACUCCACUUAUGAGUUGAACAAAGAAAGUAAUGCUCGAAAAAAGAGAGUAAUGCAAAGUGGACAGAUCAAGUCAAACACGAGUCAAUUCCCUAAAAAAGUCUCCCAACCUGACUGGAAAAGUGGGAACCGACUUCAUCAAAAACCAUCAAGUCAAGCCCAUAUGCAUUUAAUAAUAAGGGAUGUUUCGCUAAGGAUCCAAAAAGGUUUCUUAUAAUCUGUCUAAAUAAAAUCCAACCGUCCUUUCUUUAGGAGAAUAUCGCCUAUUUCUCACUUUUGAUACCAGUUGAGUACGGCACGGCACGGCACUAUCAUGAAUCAAUGGAAAGCUUUUUUUCUGACUAGAAUUGACACGCUACUGCUAGUUGUAACGUAAACAGUGGACUCACUCACUCAAUCUGCCGUGCCAGGUAUGAAAAGAGAAGCUAGUCCGGAAGCAAGGUCAAUCAAGUGCGCCACGUCUGUCCCAGGCAAAACCACUGACUGCUAUGGCAACCUCUCUUUUGAUUCUCCUCAUUAGAUUCUACUAAUCUCAUUGGGAGCUGAUCUGAAAACUUCUAUCCUAUCUCGCUAUGGGCCAAAAGUGCAUCUCACCUAGUGGAAAAAGUUGCACUAUUUCUUGGCACAACGAUGGAUUCCAGGCAUGGCUGGCUGAAGAACGGAAAAUGCUUUGAUUAUGCAUUUCUCGAAUCUAGUCCAACACAACUGAAUUUCGCCCCUCCUUCCUACUUUACUUUCCACCGGACUCAUUCCAAGAGUCAAGAGUGAAUGGGAUUCUAUUAGGCAACGAAAUCAAGUGCUAGUCCCCUUCUCGGGAAAGCCAAUUUCCUAUUCCAAGAGUCUAGUGGUAAGUUCUAAGCUGGAAUGGGUCCGAUCCUUGCUAAUGAAUGAACUCCGUCACUACUCCUUUCCUUGGGCCAAAACCACGGAAUAUUUUCAGGAAACUAGACUCGAACUGAACCAUAGCCCGGCACCCUCGAAACGAUGGAUUGCUUUUGAGAAAACCGCAUCUCACUCAAAAGUAGCCUACCCCAUUUUCCCGAGGGAAUACGCAAAUCCGGAGUGGGAGAAGGCUAAACCCAUUUCUGUUCUGAUCCGCCAGAUCAUGUCAUGUCUUGUGUCAAAUAGAUAUUGUCGUAUGGUAUGGAGUGAGAAUCGAGAUGACUAUGGCCAGUAGAAAGAAAGAGAGAAAGAGGUAACGGCAUCUGAUUACCGCUUUUAGCAUGGAAUUUGGUACCGGAUCGUUUCGAAAACGAGUCCCUAAAGUCUGUUUUCAUUUCAAUGGCAGGCUCAAGGAGUGGAAAGUGAGUCCAUUCCUUGGUAAAAAAAAUGAAGUAAUGCUGCUUCCUUCUUAGACUUAGAGAAGGGCCCCUAUUUUUUAUUUUAGUCUAAGUAGCCUAUAGUGGUUGUUUCCACUUAAAUAAAGGGCGGGUAGGCUAGGGAGGGAAUGUUUACUUUUCUUAUUUGCGGGGAAAAGAGUUGAUGCCGCUAGCAGCUCAGCUUAGGCCGUACCUACAUGGGCUCCAGAUCCUCCCUGUCUUCCUGCAGAUUCUGAUUCCAGCUUGCCUUGAAUCCCAAACAUAACGACUACUUGAUUCGCGCCGGGCGAUUCCAGUUCCAGAGUGAUUUAGCCCGCGCCUGGGACAAGUGGUUUAGUGGACUCUUGAGAAGUAGCUUUUCGGAUCUCUGGGUACGUGUUCCACCUUUGUUUGGGCGUUGCAGAAAGAUAACCUGCUGCCAGAAGAAAUAAUGCAGAAUUGAGUGAAUAAUGCCUUUAAACCGGUACCGGUAAAGUACUCUCGCGCUUAUCUAUUUAUAGGCCCAACCUAUGAAACAAGGUUCUCUACCUGUGUAGAUACGGCAAACAAACUCUACCAAUACCAAUCCACCGGAAGAAGCCUGAACAAUCACCCAGCAAGAGCUUUAUAGGAUGUUUCCUUUCUUAGUCUUAGUCGAGGUUCUUACAACGUGGCUUGAUGCAGUGUAGAUGUUUUGGUAGUCCAGUUCAGAGAUAUGACAGGAAAAACUCCACACUAGAGACAAGAACAUAGAAGAGAAUAAAGGCAAGGGUGUGCUUCUUCUUUCUGGAGAGACUGACAAUAAGAGUAGAUUAGAUCGUGUGCUUCUCGGUGCGCCGACUACUUCACUGUUACCUACCUAUCAUUCACUAGACCGAGUAUGAGUACGGACUGACAUUCACUAGACCAAGUCAGAGUAGGGGGUUCCAUUCUUCACUACACCCAAUCUGUACCGACUCCCAUUAAUUACAGGUUACGAGUGUGGAAAGACUUCUUACUUUAUUCCAUUCACUACUGGUUAAGUAAGCAUGAACGUAGAUAAGAGAGGAGUCAAUGGAACUCUUGGCUUGUGAACAAGUGACUUCUUUCUUUUCAUAGACUACACUACAGACUAUCAAGCACUAGAAAACAACAGGCCCAGUUACGUACGAGUCAGGCAAUUGUCUACCCUCACGAAGCAAUGAGAAAAGGUAGGUGCUGAUGUGCUAGUAUAGAACAUAAGUAAGAAAGCAUCUAUUUCCCUAUAAUCACCGACGUUGGUAUUUGCCUACACCCCAUUCUAUGAAAAACUCCGCAACUCCAAAUAUUCGAUAUAAUAGGAAGGCCAUUCACUUUAAGAGGAAAUGGAGCUGCAUAGCGUUGCCUUCAGACUGGUAUUAGCAAAUGCUUUGUUGAUCUGAACCGAACAAAGACACAUCUUUGGUGCAGUUUUCCUAAAGGCGGCUCACAGGGAAGAGAUCCGUUUUGUCAAUCAGCAAAACCAGUUUUCGUAGUGAUGAAAGAAAUUUCCCUCGAUCAUGUGUUCUCGGCCCUGUGACUGGUAAGUCAGUUCAGGCAAGAGAUGAUGGCGGGUCGAUCACGAUUUAGUCUUAUUGAUAAUUGAGUAUACGUCCGCCUAAGGUAAGGUCUGGUUAGAAAUCCUUAGGAACAAGAAAGGGCACACAAUCAAAGCCAGAGGUCUUCGAACCUUGGUAUUUCGAAUCAGAUUGAUAGCUUUUUGAAUGGCAGCGGUUCCGGGACUCUAGUCUUUCGUUUACAGGUUCUACAUUAGGUUCACGAAACCUAUCUACACAGCAAGCUUCUUCAACAGGUCAUUGGACAUCACCCUCACUUCUUCUAGCAGGAAAGCGCGUUAAGAGGUAAGAUCGUACCUCAAGUCAAAGGGCCUCGUUAUAGUUGGAGGCAACACACGCUGAACAAACCUCAACUUGCCUAUUUUGUGUAACUGGUUGAAACUACGAAUUUCCAGUUCAUCUUACGAUGGUAUACGGUGACGGGCCAACCUUCUAUACUAGUGCAUUCAUAGGAGGACGAAGCAGGAAUUAGGAAGCCCUACACUUCAACCGGAGCGAACUUCACACUCGAACUUAGAUAUAGCAAAUAGAUCAAAUAGGCUCAGAGAGAUACGGGGCAUAAUCAAAGAAAAAGAACCGUUGGAGUGGCAAUACAGCUAGAUAGAUAGAUAGAAAGUCUGAUUCUAAACUCAGUCUGAUCUGUCACACCCAGCCAUAAACAACCAUUCCAGAUUCCCAAGAUGAAGUGGAAAGAAAGAGGAUGCAUUCAGGAUCUCAUACUUCGAGAGCUCAACAGCUGUUAGGAACGUCGAGUCCCGCUAAGAACUGCUAACGUCGAGGGCUUUGAUUCUUUUAUUUCCUACCCAACAUAGGCAACACUAGACUGAUCAGACUCAAAAGACUACGCCUUGUCUUUUUGUCCUAAACUCAGCCGACUCUCCAUAUUCAACUGUUUAUGCCCCCCAUAGUAAAAACCACUCACACCAGUUUUGCCUAGUAGAGUGUACGAUCAAAGUGAACUUUUUAUGCCAGCCAUAGUCAAAAGUCCUACUUUCCUUCGCACAUCCGUUUGAUUGCUUAAUCUGUUUUGUUACCCUUGCUAUCCUUGCCUCCUAUGGAUAAAAGGAAGAAGAAACCUAGUUGAAGUAAGGAAAACAGGUUCAUAAGGUUUUCGAGUCGAAUCUUUGAUAUGGAAAAGUCGUAUCACCGCUCCGCAACCUGAACCACGGCACUUCCAAUCCUCUUUAUAUCACGAUUCAUUAUGCAAAUAAAGCUUUUCCUUGCCACUUGGAUUCUGGCACUUUGAAAGAAAUACGAACACUUCCACUACUGCUCUGGAAAGAAGAAAUCCGUCUUGUUGCGAGGAAUUCUUUGCAAUGGGGAAGGCUAACACUUCUUGCUUACUCACUCACGUUAUUCACUCAGAAAAAGUAAAGUAGUAGCACCACAAAUAAACUCAUCUAUCCCAGGUAGCCCCUAAACCUGAUAUGAUACGAUGGGGAACUGGGAAAUUACAGAGAGUGGUGGGUCCCGCCGCGCAACGGAUGAAUCAAAGCGAGAUCAGAUUCCUCUUGAUGAGGGCCGAUGUGACUUCCUUAAAUUCUUUCCUGAGCUCAACAAAAAAUGGAGGGGUUGGGGCUUUGGCUCCAGGCCCAAACUCUAUCUUGUGGUAGACUGCCCUCCUAGGGAGCGCUUGGGCAACUAACUUGUGGGGCAUGACAUUCGGAAUUUCCCGAGAAAAAAAGUCUUAUGUGUAUUGGAUCCGUCUGCUGGUUUCAGGGAUGGGAGUCCACCACUCUUGUCCAGUAAUGGUAGGGAUUCGCAGAAGAACCUCUGGAUCGAAGCAAUGCGGGCCUGUCUGUCUGUAUGUAAUCUACUUCUGAAUGAGGGAAUCCACUUUUGCUACUAGGGAAUCAGACUAAUAGCCUGCGCCUGUUGGCAGUAGUACUUGAACUAUACUUGACUCGGCAAAUAAUAUUGCUAUAUCGAGGGACUCAAUCCAGAGGACAUUUCCAAUAAGCUACUCUGGACUGGCAGCUUUCAGAGAUUGAUCUACGUAUUCCUAUUCGACUUGUGGUUCCCGAAUCAAUAGCGGACUUCCGUCAAUCCAUCAAGCAAACAACGUUCACUGAUACGAGACGGCACCAUUUACUAGAUUUGCACCACGCCCUAUUCAUGAUCUCUUCCCUGGUCAGUAGUAGGGUUGCCGGUGCCCAGGAAUAAUGCUUGUUAUUAUUAAGCCGAAAAGUAACGUAUUAAAAACAAAGUGAACAAAGUGUACCGUGCCAACGGAGACUGACCGAACUUCUACGCUAUGCCCCGACCCUGCUGAUAGAUAAACUAUUCAUCUGGUUGAGCCAGGCUGGCCCUAUUUAUUCCAAUGGAGACUAGACUAGCGUUAGCUGAAAGAUAGGAUUUCAAAGAUAGGUGUUCCCCAUGAUAGCAGUACCUUUCUCCCUUUCGUGGUGGAAUGGACCGCGAGUAAACUGAGCCUUCCGUACACAGUGAGACGGCCUUUUCGAGACAAGUCAGAAAGCUCUUAAGUCCAGUAAGCUAAGCAAAGCUUUCCGUUGGACUAGCAAUAUCGGAUGAAGGAAGCAGCGGUGAACGGAGUCAAGCUAUUGGCUGGUUCUAGCCCACACGAGAUGUAGGUCCUGAUUCCCUGAACCGGAAGAUAAUGAGCAUCGCGGUAAGAGAGAGUCUACUCGACUUGAGAAUCGUUGAUAGACAAAUCAUGCCCGGCAAAGGAAUAGGACUAGUGGAAGUACCCGAUCUCAUAGUGGACUCGCAAUCACCUCCUAAUGGUAUUAUCACCAGGGCUGCACUGCAAGAGAAUUCAUUCCAUUGAGCUGAUGGGAGGAACUCCUGUUGGUUGUUUCGAAGUCAAGGAUGCGGCCAGGGUUGUUAGAAAAUAAAUAGGCAAAGAAGUAGAGCCGUCUUUUGCAUGGAAUAGGCGAAAACCCUUGUUCCUU